CUGGCGCCGAGCGCCGAGCCGCGCGCUGUCUCAGUGCCUGUCUGUGCUCGAGCCGGUUGUCGUCCCCUCAGGUUCAACUCCUGGGAAAUGAAUGUUUAGCAACCAGCAGCGGCAGAGGCUUCUGACGCCAUUCCGCCAUCAACUUUUACCUUUCUCCUUCUCAUUUCCAUUCGCCACCGCGUCGUUUCGGUGUCAUUAGUUGUAGGAUCAACACAUACAUGCGAACUAUAGUUGAUCUUCUUCCACUUAAAGGCCUUUCCGAGGCACUUAGUAGCCGGGUACAGCAUAGAUACAGCCCGGUGAUGAGUAAUACGUGAAGAACGGUUCUUUUAAACCCUAAGAUUAUUUCUUAAAAAAAACAACACACACACAGAAAAGUAGUUGGAGCUUUUCGUUGUUUGUGGAAGUGAAAACAAGCUGUGGGUUUAUUUUACAAGGAUUAUACAAGGUCACUGGCUGAGAGCUGUGCUUGAAGUGUGAGUGAUUGGGCCUCACUUUAUUGGUAACUGAACCUUGCAUUUGUUGUGGAUUCUCUCCAGUUCUCUUAAUCUCUUGGAGAAAAUAGGGCAUAGAUUGCGCUUGCUUGUAAACCUCAUAGGGUGAGGUGGGGCUAAGAUGAGCAUAACUAGUGACGAAGUAAAUUUCCUGGUUUAUCGUUAUCUCCAAGAAUCAGGUUUCUCUCAUUCAGCAUUCACAUUCGGAAUAGAAAGUCACAUAAGUCAGUCAAACAUCAACGGGACACUAGUGCCACCUGCAGCACUGAUCUCUAUCCUUCAGAAGGGUUUGCAGUAUGUCGAGGCAGAGAUCAGCAUCAAUGAGGAUGGCACAGUGUUUGACGGCAGGCCAAUUGAAUCGCUGUCUCUAAUAGAUGCUGUGAUGCCUGAUGUUGUACAGACUAGACAGCAAGCAUUCAGAGAUAAACUGGCACAACAGCAGCAAGCAGCAGCUGCAUCUUCAGCUCCACAGCAAACAACACCAAAGAAUGGAGAAGCCACUGUUAAUGGGGAGGAAAAUGGGGCACACACUAUCACAAAUAAUCAUUCUGAUGCUAUGGAAAUAGAUGGAGAUGUUGAAAUUCCUUCAAACAAAUCCACAGUCUUAAGGGGUCAUGAAUCGGAAGUAUUCAUUUGUGCCUGGAACCCUGUCAGUGAUCUUUUGGCAUCAGGUUCUGGAGACUCAACUGCAAGAAUAUGGAACCUCAAUGAAAAUAGCAAUGGUGGCCCUACUCAAUUAGUACUAAGGCAUUGUAUCAGGGAGGGCGGACAGGAUGUUCCCAGCAAUAAGGAUGUUACAUCACUCGACUGGAAUAGUGACGGAACACUUUUGGCCACUGGAUCAUAUGAUGGAUUUGCUAGGAUAUGGACAAAGGAUGGCAAUCUUGCAAGCACCCUCGGACAACAUAAAGGGCCCAUAUUUGCUUUAAAAUGGAACAAGAAGGGAAAUUAUAUUCUCAGUGCAGGAGUUGAUAAGACAACAAUAAUUUGGGAUGCUCAUACAGGUGAAGCAAAGCAACAAUUUCCAUUUCAUUCAGCUCCUGCUUUGGAUGUAGAUUGGCAGAACAACACUACAUUUGCAUCCUGCAGCACUGACAUGUGCAUUCACGUGUGCCGACUCGGCUGUGACCGUCCUGUAAAAACAUUCCAAGGGCAUACUAAUGAAGUUAAUGCAAUCAAAUGGGACCCAUCUGGCAUGUUACUUGCAUCGUGCUCAGAUGACAUGACACUGAAGAUCUGGAAUAUGAAGCAGGAUGCAUGUGUACAUGAUUUACAGGCCCACAAUAAGGAGAUUUACACCAUAAAAUGGAGCCCUACUGGUCCAGGCACCAAUAACCCAAACUCCUACAUUAUGUUAGCCAGUGCUUCAUUUGAUUCUACUGUUCGUUUAUGGGAUGUGGAAAGAGGAGUUUGCCUUCACACCUUAACCAUGCACCAAGAGCCUGUCUAUAGUGUAGCCUUCAGUCCUGAUGGCAAAUAUCUAGCCAGUGGGUCUUUUGACAAAUGUGUCCACAUAUGGAACACUCAGACAGGAGCAUUAGUGCACAGCUAUCGAGGGACUGGAGGAAUCUUUGAAGUCUGUUGGAAUGCGUCAGGGGACAAAGUGGGAGCAAGUGCAUCAGAUGGUUCUGUAUGUGUACUUGAUCUACGGAAAUAGCAGAAUAGAAGGAAAACAGGAUGUAAGACUAGACCAGCAGUGAAUGUGUGGGUGGCAAGCACGCUCCUUCACAAUGUGCCAGCUUCAGAUCUGCAAGAACCUGACUUUUAAAAUGAAAUGGUUAAAACCAGCUCUCCCUGUCCAUUUAAUUUUGAUUUUCUUUUGUUUCCAAAAAAAAAAAUUUUAUUGUCUACACGUUCCCUCCAGAUCCCACAUGGAAACUAGUUACAUGCUGGUUUUUGCACCAGUUGAACUCUUCACCUUUGGAAUGUGAUGCAAGAAAAUCAUGUCAGUCAGUGUUUUGAGGUUUUUAACAGGACAGAUAAUGGCAAUUUAUGUUCAUGACUGAGAGCAUUGUGCCAAACUGCAGAUGCUGUGACGUACCAAUUAAAAAACAACAAAAAAUGGGGGUGGGGAGAGGGGGGGAACAUUUUAAAAAAUCAAGAAUGGAAAUGAUGUAGAUUUCCCUUCCUUUAUACACUUUCCUCAUUCUGGUUUGGACACUACAAUGCUGCUGAAAAGGAAGAAUGACAUUGUGUGCAGUCACAGCAGAAUAAUCUGCAAUUUUGUAAUAGCAACACUUUAUAUUUUCUGGAUUUUUGUUUUGUUUAAAAAUGUUUUAGGGAUGCUGGAGUAUUACGUAGGUUCCUAAAAGAAGCUUUUACCAGGGUUGGAUGUGAAUGAUUUUGUUUCUAGAAGCUGCAGGGAGGAAUCUAUGGGGUUUUAAAACUUAAGCUUUUCUGAACUGCUGAUAGACUCGCUUACAUUACUGUGCUUCAGGUCGUGAUCUAUUGAAAAGGCACUUCUUCAGAGAACUGCAUAUAAAAAGUGCUUUACAUUUGAGAAGGUGAACUCAUCACCAGCUUCAUACAGGGAAAGAAGACUCACGGGAAGAUCCCCAGUGUAUUUUUGAAAAAAUAAAGCAAAAGAAAUAUUUGUAAUUUUUACCUUUAAUCACACAUUAGACCUUAAAAGCCAGAACGGCAAACCAUAAACCUAGCAGACACUUUGUUUUAAAGAAAUGCGAGAAAUGAGACAUCUUAACACUGUACAAGAGCUUAAAUUCUUUAAUCUCAUGCCAUGCUUUAGGUCCUUUUUUUAAAAAAAGUAUUGCUAACAAAAGCUAUUUAGAGUCAGGUGAGGUGCACUUUGUCUAAUGUAAGGGUCUGCUUUGUUUUGUUCUCUGGGUUUUUUGAAUAUGUUCUUGUCACACGCAGAGUUCAUUUGUCCAAAAUCUGUGUUCUGGCUUUUGUUGCUUUUAUUGUCUGUGUCAGACUGUCGGCCAGACUUUGUUCCUUCUCCUUGCAGCCUCUCAGGAGUUUAGGUCAGAGGAGAUCAUGUGACCUUUUAUGUUUCUUCUAAUCCAGAAUGUGUGAUGUAGCUCAUGUGCUCAUUAAAGAAAACAAAUCAUCAAAUCAUAUUCAAUGUCUUGAAUAAAUUGCUAUAUUUUGAUAUUAGAAAAUAUGAUUCCGUGAUUUUUAUUUUUCCUACUUUAAAAUUAUUAGUUUACUUCACGUGUAUAUUCCUGGUCAUAAUGUUACUGACAUAUUGUCAUUGAAAACCACCAUUAUUAACGUACAAGUUCUUGCAGCAUGAAUGUAACAACAGUACUGAGCUUUCUUAUAGCUCAGUAAUUUAGUUCAAACCUCGUCAUGCAACAAUACAAGCCACAUCAGCCCAGCUGUUCUCAGCUGUGUUAGAAUUUUGUUUCUAGAGCAAUGAAGGUGGAGUUCUACACCAGAUUAUAAUCUAGUGACUGCUCCUGGAAAGUGUACAUAAGCCAACAAUGGUUAAACGGACUUUUAGACUUGACUGGGAUGCUCCUUAUCAGUCACUUGUCUGGAUUGCUUCUAGACACAGUAGCGAAGGAUGGUUGACACCUGUAUCCAGCCAGUCGGUGCCUUCAGGAUAGACAGAAAACUUGAAUGGUAAUCAUAGGCACUUUUAAUUUACGGAUGGAAGUACUAGUAUGCAUACUCUAUAUAUACUGAAAUUUUUAGGUACCAAAGUAUACUAAGCAAUUUAGUUAUGAUACACAAUGACUACUGCAUACAAGUAGCAUAUUUUAUAAUGCAACACAAUGAAGGAACUGGAUAUAUUUUACUUGCACAAUUUUAUCAUUUACCAUACUUGAAAAUGUACAUUAAUUGCCCACUUUGCACCAACAUUUUAUUCUUGUAUGCAAAUUAAUUUUUCAGUGCACUUACAAGUAUUAUAUUUUGUUUGCAUUAGGAAACUUGGAUCAGUAAUUGUGUUUUCAUUCACAUCAUUCAUGGGUAUCUUAUACUUCAGCUGGUGUGUAAAAAUGCUUGCUCAUACAUUCUGGCAGGUUUUCACUUCCAUCAGCUCCAAACAUUCAGCAUGUCCAGUGCCACCAGUCAUAUGUUUGCACUUAUUUGAAGAUGCUCUUAUUGCAUUUGCAAGCAUUAAGUACACGAACACUAAUUGUUGGAAGAACUCAGCAUCAAUGGAGAAAAAUAAACAGCUGAAACCUUUAUUCCCCUCCAUAGAUGCUGCCUGACUUCUUGAGAUCUUUUUCAGCAUUUUAUAUGUGUUGCUCAAGAUUCCCAGUACCUGCAGAAUCUCUUGUGUUUAGAAACACCACUUGAUCCUUUGUUUUGGCUUAUGAACAUCAAAUCAGUGGCUACCAGUGAGAACCCUUGUCCAUAAACAUCACAUAGCAAGACAUCAUAGAUGGGCUACCCUUGUCUUUUUAUCCAUUAAUUUUUAUGAACAAAAGAUCACAGGCAGCACAUACACUAUUUCAGGGUUAUGGUUAUUGGUGAAAUGUGGCUCUCCACCAGUAUACAUAUUAGAAAAUCAAGAUUUAAUUACUUAUUUGAGUGUACUGUGCAAUUAUGAAAAACUGCAACACAGAUACAAAGGAUUCUCAUUCUCAUUCUCUAUCUCUACCUCUCUGUGUAUGUGUGUGUGUGUGUAGAUAUAUAUAUAUAUAUAUAUAUAUAUAUAGAGAGAGAGAGAGAGAGAGAGGGCUUUUAAGGAAGCUUCUACUUGCCAUAAGUCACAAAAGUCACUAACUUGAAAACAGUGGUUACUAAUUGGCAAUGGUAUAAAGAAAUUCCAAAGAUGAUAUUGAGGCUUCUACUCAAGUAUAGGUGCAAACAUUGAAAUAAAAGCAUCACUCUUGUGUGCUGCCCCUAAACAUGUUGCAGGUCAAACUGGUGGAACCAUGUAGAAGAAAAAUCCUGUACAAUGCAGCAAUAACUAACAAUGAAUAUGUUCAAACUGUUACAGAAUAGGAUAGCAUAAAUUAUACCAAAUUUGUAGUAAAAUAAAUUAAACAUUGCUAAAUGCCUAAUUGCUUCAUUCUAUAUCUGAAUACAAGUAGAAUUAUUUUUCCAAGAUGUUGCAUGUAUUUGUUAAUGUGCAUCAACAGUACUAUUUCCCACUUCUG